AAACAACAACAAAUCGGGCUCGCUGCUGCUGCUGCUGAUGACGGAUGAAAUCAUCGUCGCUUUGCAAAGUCCUAUUCGUUCGCUCAGUUCUUCCGGACGCGCACCAGUGAAACCGGCAAAUCGAUCAUCCCUUAUCGUGCUUCCGUGCUUGUGUCCAUUCAGUUACAUUGCCCCCCCCCAAAAAGCGAACAGUCGAACAGGGUUGAAUUGCCUUUCACCAAAGUGCUUUUUUUCGCGAAACGGAGUGGCCGGUCCCUGACCUUCAUUUUGCUCCACCUGUUUGUAGAUCGGUGCUCUAGAUCCGUUCGCACGGACCGUGACAUCACGUACCUCGUAAGCGAUAAAAGCGAGUGUGCCCAGCAUACAGAAAAAUGUCCGACAAAAAGCGACCCGUUUACGUGCAGUACGUCCUUGGCGGUCUAUCGGGUAUCGGUGCAACAUGCGUCGUCCAACCGCUGGAUCUGGUGAAGACGCGCAUGCAAAUCUCGGGCAUGGGCGGUGCGGCCAAGGAGUACAACAACACGUUCGACGCGAUCGGUAAAAUUGUGCGGCGCGAGGGUUUGCUGGCCAUGUACAAGGGACUGAGUGCGGCCAUCAUGCGACAGGCAACCUACACAACGACCCGUCUCGGUGUGUACACGUCGCUCAAUGAUGCCUACAAACAACAAACGAACAAAGCGCCGAAUCUGCUUGCAUCGAUGGCGAUGGGUAUGACGGCCGGUGCGAUCGGUUCGUUUGUGGGCAAUCCGAGCGAGCUGAUCCUGAUCCGGAUGACCGCCGACGGCCGAUUACCGGUGGCCGAGCGGCGUAACUAUACCGGCUUCUUCAAUGCACUGUUCCGCAUUGCCCGUGAAGAAGGUGUCCUCUCACUCUGGCGAGGAUGCGUUCCGACGAUGGGACGUGCGAUGGUGGUGAAUGCGGCCCAGCUCGCUUCGUACUCGCAAGCCAAAGCAUAUCUGGUCAGCUCGGAACUGCUGAACGAAGGCAUCGGACUACACUUUACCGCCAGUAUGUUCUCGGGUCUGAUCACUACGGCGGCCUCACUGCCAGUUGACAUCGCCAAGACGAGAAUUCAAAACAUGAAGGUCGCGCCGGGCCAAACGCCCCCGUACAAGAGCACGAUCGACGUCAUUGUGAAAGUGAUCCGGCACGAAGGUCUGUUUGCGCUGUGGAAGGGCUUCACCGCGUACUACGGCCGGCUCGGACCGCACACCGUGCUGACGUUCAUCAUUCUCGAGCAGCUGAACGGGCUCUACAACAAGCAUAUGGGCGUGGAGGGCAGCAAAUCCGGCCUAUAGGAAAAAAACAGGGGGGGCUCCCGCUCUUCGGCUGCUGUACGCAUUUCUUUCGAUGGCAAUUUUAUGUACAUGUAUGUGUUUUCCUGUUACUUCCUGUAGUGGUGGUGGAUCCGCUGCUUUCACACGUCCCCUUUCUUUUCCUCGAAGCGAAAGCAAAAGCAAUAACAGUAUCACCCGGAACCGUGUAUAAUAAGCACCCCAGCAAAUUUGUGCAACACUCACCUGUUUGCGAAACGACCUUAAAAUAAUCGCGCACACACACACACGCACGUAUCCCUGGCUGGCAUCCGUCCAACAAUGCGGCGCCACGCUAGAGUAGCGUUUGUAUUACACUUUUUGGCCGUAUGCCAGCGACUUGAACUUGAGAAACCUCCCAUAGGACAGAUAGAAUGUGAAAUAUGAUGAUGAAAGGUCCGACUGCGCUCUAAACGACGGACGGAGAGGAAACGAAUUGUGACAAUAUGCGGGAAUAGUGUUUUAUAAAGAGUGGCGGGAAACCAAAACAGCAGCGUGUGGCGAUCUUGCCCCCUGUUUUCAGGCGGGAUACACUGCGUGAUACCACGAACCGUUCGAAAAGGUGCUCGUAGAAACAGAUUCGUACGUAUAUAAUAUAUUUUUCUGUUGUUUUAGCUUUUGUUUUUUCUUCGCCGCUAGGAACUAGGAAAACAUAUGGGUAACACAAAUAAAAAAUACAAAAAAGUUGCACGCAUAGCGAGAGCACGAAUGAGAA